UAAAAUAAAGUAGCACUGGAUGACUAGACAAAAAACAAUGAAAUAAAAACAUUUUUGAUUCAUUUUUUAUGAAUUUUACCAUUUUAGUCAGGACUGCCAGAAGCUACCAAGCAAGACCAUCAGCUCAAAGGAGACUUGUACAGAGGGAGGUUGCACCUGCUCACUACUGCACAUCAUACUCUCGCUAACAGCAGCUUUCAAAACAACUACACCAUGGUGCUUAAUUGUACGGAGAUAGUUGAUGCACUGGAGACCUAUUAUCUGCCAACAUUUUAUGGAAUUGAGUUCUCUGUUGGUUUCCUUGGCAACCUGCUGGUUGUACUUGGUUAUAUAUUUUGUUUACAACAAUGGCAAAGCUGCAAUAUUUACCUCUUCAGUCUUGCAGUUUCAGACCUUAUUUUCCUCUCCACAUUGCCACGCCUCUGCUACCUUUAUUCAAAUCACAAAGAAGAGAACAAUGUCUAUGUUUGUGUUAUCAACCGCUAUGUCCUGCAUGUAAAUCUUUACUCCUCCAUACUCUUUAUGGUUUGGCUCAGCAUGGACCGCUUCCUGCUCAUAAAGUAUCCAAUGAGGAACAAUUAUCUGCUCAGGCCACGAACAGCUCUGAUUAUUACAGGGUUGAGCUGGAUAGCUGUCAACGUUGAAGUUGCCCCAAUGAUAACGCUGAUGGUGCAGGACCUAAAGGAAAAAAAUUGGACCAAGUGCCGAGAUUUUGCCAGUCUGAAGGGAGAUAUCAGUGUGCUUGGCUACAGCUUAGGGCUGACAGUGACAGGUUAUAUUCUCCCUAUGUUUGGACUUUGUGUUUUUUCCUACCAAAUAGCACACCUACUGCGUGUCCAGGAAAGGGCUCUGCAGCGCAGCACAGCGUCAUCAUACAAGCGGCCUCUGAAGGUGGUUGCAUCAGUGGCAGCGCUAUUUCUGGUUCUCUACACUCCCUACCAUGUGCUUAGAAAUGUGUCAAUAGCAGCUAUGCAAGAAUGGGCAGGACUGGGGACGUGUACACAGAUGCACAUAAAGAGUAUGUACAUCUUGACCCGACCUAUAGCCUUUUUUCACAGCGUAAUCAAUCCCAUCUUCUACUUCCUCAUGGGUGACAAGUUCAGAGACCUCCUAGAAUCUAAGAUUAGAAAUAUAGUCAGCAAAAGAGUGGUGCAAAGAAACCCUUCAUGAGUAAAAUACAAAUUUACUGUAUGUAAAAAAAAAAAGA